AUGGAUCCCCGUGCCAACCGAUCAUGCUACAACUGCGGUGACGCAUCCCACCAGGCCAAGGACUGCCCCAAGAAGGGAACCCCCACCUGCUACAACUGCGGUGGCGAGGGCCACGUCAACCGUGACUGCCCCCAGCCCCCCAAGGAGCGUGCCUGCUACCGCUGCGGCAUGACCGGUCACCUUUCCCGUGAGUGCCCCCAGGGCGGCCAGGGCGGUGCCCCCGGCGGCUACGGUGGUGCCCCUGGUGGCCAGGAGUGCUACAAGUGCGGUCAGGUCGGACACAUUGCUCGUAACUGCUCCCAAGGCGGUGGUUACGGCGGCGGCGGCGGCUACGGUGGUGGCUACGGCCAGCGCCCCCAGACCUGCUACUCUUGCGGUGGAUUCGGCCACAUGGCCCGUGACUGCACCCAGGGACAGAAGUGCUACAACUGCGGCGAGGUUGGCCACGUUUCCCGUGACUGCACCACCGAGGCUCGCGGCGAGCGCGUCUGCUACAAGUGCAAGCAGCCCGGCCACGUCCAGGCUGCCUGCCCCAACAACUAA